AUGAUUGUUUUUGUUUUCGUUCCCGCCCCUGCUGCCGCUGCCCCUUGUUUUGAAAUAGGUCUGCUCCAGGAGCGUGAAUGGUUUCAGGGUGGCCAUGAGGGCUUGCAGAUGAAGGUGGUGUCGUUCAAGGGUUCUAGGACAGCACCAGAGACAGCACGGGCACAGGAAAAGGCACAGGCGCACACACACACAGCGGUGUUCUCCCUAUCCAGCACACGGGCAAGAAAGAACGAUCGGAUCGUCAGCGCAAGGCAGCAGGCCAAUAACGACAGGACGAUGCCAAGAAACGAGAGCGUGAACUCGCCGCUUUCCAGGAUAGCGCAGGAGGCGAACCGGCAGAAGCAUGGGAACGACGGGCGGCGGAUAAGUCUGAUCAGUGCGGUGUCGGUGGACUCUGUGGCGACGACGGGGCGACUUCUUGACAAGCUCAAGCUGGCAGACAACGAGUGGGACGACUUUGAGCGCACGACGGGUGUUGUCUCGCCCGUGCUGGAUGCGGACACAAGCACGGGGUCGGUGGUGACGGUGAACUCGGACAGCAGCGUGCGCGUCAACACGAGCGGGACGUCCGAGAGCACGGUGAACAGCAUCAACGUGCUUCCCGCGUCCAAGUUCAAGUACUUGAAGUACGUGCUAGGCGACACGAAGAAGAAAAACUCUCAGAAGUCGGCGGUGAACAAGGCGCUUGAGAUGGGGAAGAAGAUCAACACAGUGGAGCAGAACGCCGCCCGGGUGACGCAGCGGGCCAACGUGAAGUCGAUCCACUUGGACAGCUUGCUGCAGGACGCCGAGUCGAGGGUGUCCAGUUUCGAGUCGGAGUCGGAAAGAGAGGACGACGAGGAUUAUGGCGGCAGCCAGGAAAAACAGCAGGGCGGCUACGGGGCGUCAGCCAGCGAGGACAGCCUACCCAGGGACGCCACGCCAGGCGGCACCGAACUCUCUUUUGUGCCCAACACCCCGACCAGACGGGCUCUCGACUACACCCCGGCGAACUCGCCCGAGACGCACAUGCACGUUACCCCGCAGUACUCCGUGGGCUCCACCCCAAAAAUGCACCUGCUCUCCCACCACAACCACACACUCUCCAGCUUGUCCACGAACUCCGCAAAGGGCGAUGCUAUAAACGACUCCUUCAUCCACAACAGAGAACACGAUGACGAACACGCGAGCAACAGCAGCAGCGUCCCGUACGCAACACCAGGCGGUGUCGGCAAGGAUGGGUUCAAGGAGGUUCCGCACUUUCGUCAACUUCUUUCCACUCAUCAACACACCAACUCGGCAGCCACGACAGACUUGUCUAAGCCGGGACUGGAUCCCGACUUUGCUGCAGACAUAGAUGACAGUCUGAUGAGGUCAGCUUCUGUACCCAUCAAGAGAAAGAAGAGCGUUGCAGAAGCACGUACCCCAGCUCCCAAAACACCACUACCAGCGCCUCCAAUCCACCUAGUUGCCGAUCAGUCUAAGCAUCAGGUUAUGUCAUGUUCUGACUUGGUGGACGGUAGAAAGGAGCACAUCAGCCACGCUCGCCCACAGUUUUCGCCGCAAGCACACCACCACCACCACCACUACAACAACAACCCAGCGUACCAGUUCCCCAACCAUCAUCAAGUGCAGCCGCAGAUCCCUCCUUCCUCCCCACAUCGUACCUCCCCACAGCUCUAUCAAAACUCUCCGCAUAGUUACAAUAGUUCCGCCAACAAUUCUGGUCAUGGCUUCACUAAGCGGGGCCCCAUUUCUUCUCCGUCGAACCAGAUGCACUAUGCUCCAAGUCCGCAAUCCUAUCAACAUAGAAACUUCAAUCCACAGCAUGGACCUUACGGGCCUUACGCAAGAAGUACAAGUCACCCAAAAGUGCCACAGGUGCCUUAUUCACAGCCAGGAUUUUAUCCGCAACCACAGCAGCAACAACCACAUUAUCCGCGUGCAUAUGUAAUGCAACCACAGCAACCGCAGCACCAGCAACACCAACAGCAUCCACUGCAGUACCCUGGCGCAAACAGCCCGUACUACAAAACCUCACAGCGACACGGGUACUCGCCACAGACCUCGCCAAAAGUGGGUUAUUUCAACCUAGCCUCGGGGAAUCAUCCGAGCAUGCUUGACUACGAAGGACGGUAUGCUCCUUCGACGCCGCCAAGUCACAUGAAAAAGAGCAUGCAGCUUCGAGAUGCCGAUUUGUCUCACGUCGUGCCACGCUGA